UGAUCUUAUGGAAUGCUUCUUAUGCCAGGAUCAUUUUUGGACUCUGACAGUUUAUUGCAACAUCUCGUGCAAUUCCAUUCGGAAAACUGUUGUCCCAUUUGUGAGGAGAAGAUUACUUUGACCAACGGACGAUAUCAACUCAGAUCCGGCGUGCUGAUCAAGAAUAUCUUCUUCAAAUUAAGUUGAUGAAACCCCAUGUCAUUAGGAUUCAUAUAAGGCCCUACAUAUGUCUUAUCACUGGGUGCGGCAAGAGAUUCGAUUCUCGUGGACUCAAAAAGCACCUGGGGUGUUGCGGGGAGCUUUCAAAAAGCCCUCACGACAAACAGGAUAUCCGGGAUGCUAUCGACCAGGUCGGGGGUACAUCAGAAUUUAAGAAGUGGGGUGACUUGGGCUCAAAUCUGCAAUUUCCAAGGCUUCAUGCUUUGGUUGGGUUGUUCAAGGGAUGCCAGAGCAAGGCACAGAUGAAGGCGUACCUGUAUCGGAACGGACAGAAGAUAUAUGACUGUGAUGAUUCUGCAGGCGUCGUGGAUAGACUAGAUGAGUUCUGGAAUAUACAGCCAGUCCUUUCCGAAAAUCCGCCGCCGAUCAUAGAGCAUCCCGAUGUUUAUGUGGUUGAAAGUCCGGGGAUUGAGUCACCGCGGCGAGGAGAUGAGCCCGGUCCUUCCAAUGGUACGGCUCAGACGCAGAAGAAUACUCAGGCAAACACCAAUGGCAACGACAACGUCUCCCUUGACACCCGUUCCUCUGCAACUAAGAACCUCAAAAGGCGGUGGGGUGCGCAGGUUUCGGAAUCCGUCGAGACACCCGCAUCGCGUCAACGAGCAACGGGAAUAGUACCAGACUCGAGUGUGGCCUCACCAUUAUUCGACUCGAACCAUUCAUCACUACAGUUGUCGUCUGUCUCCAUGUCGUCCACAGAAGCAGGAGCCCCCGGUUUAUUUUUAUUAGGCACGGUUGCACCGCAAGAUUUACACCGAGACUUUCAGAACGAUAAUAUCGAGUUCAAUUCCAUGGGGCAAGAGUCUGCCGGAUACACUCAACCCCACAUUUCCACUCAUCUAAUGGAUAAUAUCAAUGAAUCCUCCGUCUUGAAUGCGGCUCUCCAACUACGGGUCUCGCAAUACACCGACGAUUAUCCGGUAUCGCCAACCCCUCCCCAAACAGACCAUGCCGAGCCACAACAGGAUUAUGACGAUCAGAAGAUGCUAUGUUUCCUGCAUUACCCGAACGAGAUAGAAGUCCCAGCAGAAAACAGCCAGGACCACAUCCGUGACCAGCCAGCAGCUUCUCCAUACACAGAUCAAGCAACACAAUCUCCCAGAUCUCCAGCUAUUGUCCCGCAGGAGCAACCUCUUGAGGCGAUUUCUUCGAACACGACUGGAUAUAAUCUCGCGAAAACGUUUCACCAAACGAGCCCGGAUAUCUUUGCAGGGGUUUUGCGGUACAUCCAGGAGAGUGGCAUCAUGAUCUUGCCCGCCUACUCGUCCCCGGUCCCUUCCUCGUCUCACGAUAGUGGAAUCGCAAAGUCGAAGAGGAACAGCAGAACCCCCGGAUAUCAUCAUUCCCGUCAGUAACCACAGGUCGACCCACUUGCACAGGCUGGCCAGCAUACACAGAUUGGCCAGCAUACAUACAGUAGCCAGCAUUUACAGGCCCGCCACCAUUCACGGGCUGGCCAGCAUCCGCAGGCCGGCCAGCUUGGACAAGCCGACCAGCAUCCACAGGCGGAUCAUUAUUCACAAGCCGACCAUUAUCCACAGAUUGGCGAGUAAUGAGAGGUCGGAUAGUACCCGCCGACCGGUACCAACGAGGGGGCCGGAACACCACACAGCGGGAGAUUUUUGCGGGGCUGGUGCUUGCUUAUUGCAUCUUGGUUCUGCCUGUCACAGAGGAUUGGG